AUGUUUGAUAAAGCUAGUCUGAAGUUGGGUCUGGAUAAAGCUGUGCUCCAGUCAAUGAGAACUGAAUGCAAUUUACAAAGCAGUCAUCAAUUGAGCCGUCAGGAAGUAGAGGACUUGUUACGAAAAGGAGCAUAUGGUGCAAUUAUGGACGAAGAUAAUGAAGAUGCCAAGUUUGGCGAGGAGGAUAUAGAUACCAUUCUGGAGCGCCGUGCUCAAACGAUUAAACUAGAACCUGGAGUAAAAGGCUCCACCUUUGCGAAAGCAUCGUUUACAUUGUCACAUAACCGUGAUGAUAUCGAUAUCAGGUUAUUUACUUGGAUAUAUUGGGGACAAACUUAUUUUGUAUGUAAUUAUUUCAAUUAUCAUAGUGAUCCUGACUUUUGGUCUAAAUGGGCUAAAAAGGCCAAUAUAGAUGUAGGUGCUCUGCAUGGUGAUUUUUCAUCAAAACAUUUAAUUGUGCAUGAACCACGAGCACGUAAGAAGCGAUUCGAGGAGGACAACUUUAAAGGAAAUUCUGAGAGUGCAGACGAUACAAUUUCUGAUGAUGAUGAUCGCCAUGUAAAAGGUUCUUCUAGAAUAGCAGAAAAUGUCAAAAGUCGCAGCGUUCGUAAGAAGAGACGUGCUACAGGAAUGGCAUCAGCUGGCGCAGAGGACGACUAUAAAUAUCCAUUCAAUGAGGAUGACACGCAUAUUCAAGGGGAUGAAGUGCGCCAACGACACAAAGCUUCUGCAAGUAAUCGGCACCCCGAGCUCGCUUGUACAAUUGUUCAACUCAAAAAGGUAUCUUCAACUAACAAUUUAUUUACUAAAUAUAUGGAGCUUCGUUUUUAUUUCUGA